AUGUCGUGGAGCACUCAAGACCUUUCCGGUGGCAGCGAUGCAGCCGCACACACGCCUAAGAUCACCAAGUCAGGCCUUCAAGCAGUCACUGUUGCGGACGAUAUCAAGGAAAAAAUAAAACUUGACUUACCUAAAGUCAAAGGUCAACUGCUCAUUUUCGGAGCCACCAACUGGGAUCUCAUCGGAAGGAAAGAGGUGCCAAAAGCACAAGUGGCCUUCAGGAACCUAGGCCAGAACUUGUGGGGUCCUCACCGCUAUGGCAGCUUGAGUGAUGUGCAGGUCAGCAGUGUGGUGUCUGGGCCCUGUGCUGCCCACAGCCUCCUAAUCACCACUGAGGGCAAGCUCUGGAGCUGGGGUCGAAAUGAAAAGGGUCAGCUGGGUCACGGGGACACCAAGCGCCUGGAGGCCCCAAAGCUGAUUGAGGCCCUCGCAGACGAAGUGGUGGUGGCUGCAGCCUGUGGACGCAACCACACCCUGGCAUUGACAGAGGGUGGCACCGCCUACUCGUUUGGAGAGAACAAACUGGGCCAGCUGGGCCAAGGCAACCAAACAGAUGCAGUCCUCAGUCCAGCCCUGAUCCAGUACAAUGGGCAGCCCUUGGUCAAGGUGGCGUGUGGGGCAGAGUUCAGCAUGGUGGUGGACUGCAAAGGAAUCCUCUACUCGUUCGGGUGCCCAGAGUAUGGCCAGCUAGGACACAACUCUGAUGGCAAGUUCAUUGCCCGCGCUCAGCGCAUCGAGUUUGACUGUGAGACCAUUGCACGCCGUGUGGGCAUCUUCAUUGAGAAGAGUAAGGACGGCCAGGUGACGCCUGUACCUAACGUGGUGGUCCGAGACGUCGCCUGCGGAGGCAAUCACACGCUGAUAUUGGACUCCCAGAAGCGGGUGUUUUCCUGGGGCUUUGGUGGUUAUGGACGGCUGGGUCACACGGAGCAGAAGGACGAGAUGGUGCCCAGACUGGUGAAGCUCUUUGACUUCCCCAGGCGCGGGGCAUCCCAAAUCUACACUGGCUAUCAGUGCUCCUUCGCUGUAAAUGAGAUGGGAGGGCUGUUUUUCUGGGGGGUCACCAAUACCUCGCGGGAGUCUACCAUGUACCCCAAGUCCGUGCAGGACCUGUGUGGCUGGAAGGUCCGCAGUCUGGCGUGCGGGAAAAGCAGUAUAGUUAUCGCUGCAGACGACAGCACCAUCAGCUGGGGACCCUCCCCCACCUUUGGAGAACUGGUAAGUUUUUAA